CACACACCAAAAAUAUAUAAUCAAAAGAAAAAAAUACAAAAAGAAAUAAACCAGAAAAAGGCGAAAAGAAAUAUUGUUCAACAAGUCAAACGAGUUCUUUUGGCUCGCUUUGGCCGUGUGGCCAGCAGCAGCAGCAGCUACAACAACAACAACAACAACAACAACAUCAGCAACAACAACAUCAGCAACAACAACAAAUCGACUCAACAUCGCAUUUGGUGGCAGUGGCAGGCAGCAAGUUUUGUUGUUUGCGCCUUUGGUGAAAAAUAUUGACAGCAUUUAGCCACAAAAUCCCAAAAUGGCGCCUGCUGCUGGACGUAGCGUAAGGCAUACGCAGUCGGUGAUAUGCGAUUAGCGUGAUGUUGGGUUCUUAUCACGCAGCAGCAACAACACGAAGAAUACCCAAACGCAGACAAACUGAAACAGCGAAAGCAACUGAAAGCCCCAAAAAACCCAACGAGAUGCAUACGAGUUCGAGCUACAGCUCGAGUGCGAGUUCUGUGAACUCCAAUAACAACAACAACAUCAUCAUCUGCAGAAGCAGCAAAGCAAACACAAGCCGGCGUGCCACGCCCAGAACGCCUCAGAAAGAUUACACAAUGUUUCACAGAUGCCGGCGACGCAACCGGCACAGCUCAAGGUCAAGUUUACCCGCCAUCAACAGUAACAAUAACAUGAGCUGGACGCUGUUCUGGCUGCUCCUAGUCUCCUGCAGCCAACUGUUCGGCUGCAGUGCAGCGGGCAGCGCGGGGGACAAGCAGCAGCACGAACGUCGUCUGGAGGUCUUUGAGGGCGUGCCUAUUGGCCAUCAGAUUGGCUAUAUUGGUGACUUUGACAGCAUUGACAGCGGUCCGCCCUACAUCAUAGUCGCCAAUCCCGGCGUCGAAACGGAUCUGGCCAUUGAUCACAUCUCAGGCGAAAUACGCACCAAGGUACGGCUGGACAGGGAGACCCGUGCCUCCUAUGGCCUGGUGGCCAUACCCAUGAGUGGGUUAAAUGUGCGCGUUGUGGUCAUCGUGCGGGAUGAGAACGACAAUGCGCCCACGUUCCCACAGCCCGCCAUGCACAUCGAGUUCCCGGAGAAUACGCCGCGCGAGGUGAAGCGCACGCUGCUCCCAGCGCGAGAUUUGGACCUAGAGCCGUACAACACGCAAAGGUAUAAUAUUGUGUCCGGCAAUGUGAACGACGCCUUUCGCCUAUCCUCGCAUCGGGAACGUGACGGCGUGCUCUACCUCGAUCUGCAGAUCAGCGGAUUCUUGGACAGGGAAACAACGCCCGCGUAUAGCCUGCUGAUAGAAGCUCUGGACGGUGGCACCCCGCCGCUGCGUGGACUCAUGACCGUCAACAUAACCAUACAGGAUGUGAAUGACAAUCAGCCCAUUUUCAAUCAGAGUCGGUAUUUUGCCACCGUGCCGGAGAACGCGACCGUGGGCACCAGUGUGCUGCAGGUUUAUGCCUCCGAUACGGAUGCGGAUGAGAAUGGACUCGUGGAGUAUGCGAUCAAUCGCAGGCAGAGCGACAAGGAGCAAAUGUUUCGCAUUGAUGCGCGCACGGGCGCUGUGUACAUCAAUAAGCCGCUGGACUUUGAGACCAAGGAGCUGCACGAGCUGGUCGUCGUGGCCAAGGAUCAUGGCGAGCAGCCACUCGAGACGACUGCAUUUGUGUCCAUACGCGUUACGGAUGUCAAUGACAAUCAGCCCACAAUAAAUGUUAUAUUCCUCAGCGAGGAUGCCUCGCCCAAAAUCUCGGAAUCGGCACAGCCGGGCGAGUUCGUGGCACGCAUUUCCGUGCACGACCCCGACUCCAAGACGGAAUACGCCAACGUGAAUGUCUCGCUGAAAGGCGGCGAUGGCCACUUCGCACUGACCACGCGCGACAAUAGCAUCUACUUGGUCAUAGUCAAUCUUCCGCUGGACCGCGAGGCAACCUCCAAUUACACGCUGAGCGUGGUGGCCACGGACAAGGGCACGCCGCCGUUGCAUGCCAGCAAGUCGAUCUUUCUGCGCGUCACCGACGUCAACGACAAUGCGCCCGAGUUCGAACAGGAUGUGUACCAUGCGAAUGUCAUGGAGGUGGCCGAUCCGGGCACCUCGGUGCUGCAAGUGCUGGCCCGCGAUCGGGACGAGGGCACCAAUGCAGCCUUGAGCUACGCCCUGGCCGAUACGCCCGACACUCAUGCUCAAUGGUUUCAGAUUGAUGCCCAGACUGGGCUGAUUACCACCCGUUCGCACAUCGACUGCGAGACGGAGCCGGUGCCACAGCUGACGAUCAUUGCACGGGAUGGCGGCCAACCCCCACUCAGCUCCACGGCCACGGUGCUGGUCACCAUACACGAUGUCAAUGAUAACGAACCGAUCUUCGAUCAGAGUUUUUACAAUGUGUCCGUCGCCGAGAACGAGCCCGUGGGCAGGUGUAUACUCAAGGUCUCGGCCAGCGAUCCGGAUUGCGGCGUCAAUGCCAUGGUCAACUAUACGCUCGGCGAGGGCUUCAAGCAUCUGACCGAAUUCGAGGUGCGUUCCGCCUCGGGUGAGAUUUGCAUUGCCGGCGAACUGGACUACGAGCGCCGCAACAGCUACGAGUUUCCCGUGCUGGCCACCGAUCGCGGCGGCCUGAGCACCACGGCCAUGAUCAAGCUGCAGCUGACGGACGUCAACGAUAAUCGACCCGUGUUCUAUCCUCGCGAGUAUAAUGUAUCGCUGCGUGAGUCGGGACCGGCACAGGCUGGCGGCACGCCCAUGCCCAUUGUGGCCGUGGUGGCCACGGAUCCGGAUGCUGGCAGUUUUGGUCAGGUGUCGUAUCGCAUUGUGGCCGGCAAUGAGGCGGGCAUCUUUCGCAUCGAUCGCGCCAGCGGCGAGAUCUUUGUCAUACGGCCGGACAUGCUGUCGGUGCGUACCCAGGCAAUGCACAUGCUCAACAUCUCGGCCACUGACGGCGGCGGCCUGCGCACCAGCACCGAUGCUGUCGUCUUCCUUAGCAUCAUCGAUGCGCAGCAACGACCGCCGAUCUUCGAGAAGGCCCGCUACAACUAUUACGUGAAGGAGGAUGUGCCACGCGGCACAGUCGUCGGCUCCGUGAUAGCCACCAGCAGUGACACGGCUCAACGCAGUCCGGUGCGCUACUCUAUAUACUCGGGCGAUCCGGAUGGAUACUUUAGCAUUGAGCCUACCUCGGGCAAUAUACGGAUUGCCCAUCCGCUGGACCAUGAGGCGAAGGCGCAGGUUCUGCUCAAUAUACAGGCGACCAGCGGGGAGCCACCCGUCUACGGGCACACGCAGGUGAACAUCGAGGUGGAGGAUGUCAAUGAUAAUGCGCCCGAGUUCGAGACGAGCAUGGUACGGAUUUCGGUGCCCGAGAAUGCCGAGCUGGGCGCACCGCUGUUCGCGGCCCAUGCCCAUGACAAGGACUCGGGCAGCAGCGGCCAGGUGACCUACAGCCUCAAGGGUAAUGCCACCCAGCAGCAUGUUAAGGCACUGGCAGCCGGCUCCGCGCCGCUCUUCGCUAUCGAUGCACGCUCAGGCCACCUGGUGCUAUCGCGACAUCUCGACUAUGAGACGGCGCAGCGGCACUCGUUAAUAGUGACGGCCACCGAUGCCGGAUUGCCGCCUCUCUCUGCGGAUCUCUCGAUACUCGUCGAUGUCCAGGACGUCAACGACAAUCCGCCCGUCUUUGAGCGCGACGAGUAUGCGGUGAAUGUGUCCGAAUCUCGAGCCAUCAAUGCGCAGAUCAUCCAGGUGAAUGCCAGCGAUCUGGACACGGGCAACAAUGCGCGCAUCACCUACCGCAUUGUAGAUGCGGGCACGGACAAUGCCAGCCAGAGCCUGGCGAGCGUUGGCGGCGGCGGCUCAGAUGCCGAUCUUGCCCAGCAUUUUGGCAUCUUUCCCAACUCCGGCUGGAUUUAUUUGCGCGCCGCUCUCGACAGAGAGAGCCGCGAUCGCUAUGAGCUAACUGUUUUGGCUACCGACAAUGGCACACCGGCGGCACAUGCACGAGCUCGUGUGCUCGUUCGUGUGCUGGACGCAAACGAUAAUGAUCCGAAGUUUCAGCGGGAGAGCUACGAGUUCCGGAUUGAGGAGAAUCUGCGACGCGGCGCUGUUGUGGGCGUUGUCAGUGCCAGCGAUGCGGAUCUGGGCGAGAAUGCGGCCAUACGCUACAGCCUGCUGCCAGCGAAUUCCAGCUUUCAGGUGCAUCCCGUCACAGGCGAGAUAAGCACACGCGAGCCGCUGGAUCGGGAAAUGCGCGAACUAUACGAUCUGAUGGUGGAGGCACGGGAUCAGGGCACACCGACGCGCAGUGCCCGGGCACCGGUGCGUGUCCAUGUGACAGACGUGAAUGACAAUGCGCCGGAGAUAGCCGAUCCGCAGGAGGAUGUGGUUAGCGUGCGCGAGGAGCAGCCACCGGGCACCGAGGUGGUGCGCAUACGCGCCAUCGAUCGCGAUCACGGCCAGAAUGCAUCCAUCAACUAUUCGCUGCUGAAGGGUCGUGACUCGGAUGGCCACGGCCUGUUCAGCAUUGAUGCCAACACGGGCCUGAUUCGCACACGCGUCAUGCUCGACCAUGAGGAGCGCAGCAUCUACCGCUUGGCGGUGGCCGCCACCGAUGGCGGCAAUCCGCCCAAACAGACGCUGCGAAUGCUGCGCGUCGAGGUGCUCGAUCUGAAUGACAAUCGGCCAACGUUCACCAGCUCCAGCCUGGUCUUCAGGGUACGCGAGGAUGCGGUCGUUGGUCAUGUGGUGGGCUCGAUUAGUCCCAAUGAGCGCAGUGCGGAACUGCCGCCAGUUAAUGGCAACAGCCUGGACGAGCUGGGUGACCAGCUGUGCGUCACAUACACGCUGAAUCCGCUGAGCAAGGAUUUGAUUGAGGGCGCCUUUGACAUAGACAGGAAUACGGGCAAUCUGGUUGUGGCCCGCCAGCUUGAUCGUGAGCUGCAGUCGGAAUUUCGCCUUGAGAUACGCGCCCUGGACACCUCGGCCAGCAAUAAUCCGCAGAGCAGCGCCAUAACCGUCAAGAUCGAGGUGGCCGAUGUGAACGAUAAUGCGCCCCGCUGGCCCAAAGAUCCCAUUGAACUGGAGGUUAGCGAAUCGCUGCCAGUUGGCGCCAUUCUGCACAACUUUACGGCCACCGAUGCGGACUCCGGCACCAACGGGGAGCUGCAGUAUCGUCUGCUGCGCUAUACGCCGCAACUAAACGAGAGCUUGGAACAGAUCAGCCCACUGUUUGCCCUGGACUCGCUCACGGGCUCGCUGAGCCUGCAGGCGCCUCUGGACUUUGAAUCGUUGCAGGAAUAUCUGCUCAUUGUACAGGCUCUGGAUCAAUCCUCGAAUGUCACAGAACGCCUGCAGACCUCGGUCACGGUGCGGCUGCGCAUACUGGAUGCCAACGACAAUGCACCACAAUUUGUGGUGCCCAGCAGAAGUGCAGGUGGUGCAGCCACAGUCUAUGUGAGCGAUGCCACGCGCAUUGGCGAACUGGUCACCCACAUUGUGGCCGUGGAUAGCGAUGCCGGCGAGAACGGACGCAUCAGCUACGACAUUGUCAGCGGCAAUGGCGAAGGACGCUUUCGCAUUAAGCCACAGUCGGGCAUCAUUGAGCUGGCCAAGACGCUGCCACCGGCCUCCGAGCAGCUGGACAAGACCGGCAGAUUUAUGCUGACAAUCCGUGCCAGCGAUCAUGGCGCUCCCACAGCCCAGCAGACAACGCUCAGCCUGCAAUUGCUGGUGCAGGGCAGCCACAGCAAUCCGCCCAGAUUUCUGCAGGCCGUUUACCAGGCAACCAUCCUGGAGAACGUGCCCAGCGGCAGCUUUGUGCUGCAGGUGGCCGCCAAAGCCUUUCAUGGAGCGGACAACGCAAAUCUCAGCUACGAAAUACCAACGGGGGUGGCCGCUGAUCAUUUCCAUGUGGAUUGGCAACGCGGCAUUGUGACGACACGCGGCCAGUUCGAUCGUGAGACCCAUUCCCAGUACACACUUCCCAUUUAUGUGCGGGAUGCAAAUCGCAUGGCUGCCACGCCCACAAGCGCAAUACGCAAACAACGCUCCUCGGAGAGCAACUCGGAGCCGGCAAGUGGACAGCAUUUCGAUGUGGCCACGCUGAUCAUCACCAUUGGCGAUGUCAAUGACAAUGCCCCCGAGUUCCGACCCGGCGCGUGCUACGGUCUAUCCGUGCCGGAAAACAGCGAAUCCUCCGUCAUUCACACGGUGGUGGCUAGUGAUUUGGACGAGGGCGCCAAUGCGGAGAUCGUUUAUAGUAUUAUUGGUAGGUUUCGCUUGACGGUGAAUCUCUUAUUUGACAUAGAUCUAAGCCAAGUUCUUCUGUUCUCUCUCUUGCGCACAGGCGGGAAUUUGGGCAAUAAGUUCAACAUUGAUGCACGCACGGGAGAGCUGAGCGCCCGCUCCUUGGAUCGUGAGCAACACGCUCGCUACACGCUGCAGCUGCAGGCCUCGGACCGGGGUCAACCUAUCACCCAACAGGGUCAUUGCAAUAUCAGUGUCUUUGUCGAGGACCAGAAUGAUAAUGAGCCGCGCUUUGAGCUAUCCAAGUAUAUGGCCAGUGUGCCGGAGGACGCAGCGAUUGGCAGCAGUGUGUUGAGCAUUAAGGCCAGCGAUGCGGAUCUUGGUGUCAACUCCAGACUGGUCUACUCCCUGGCCAAUGAGACGCAAUGGCAGUUUGCCAUCGACAGCAAAAGUGGUCUGAUUACAACUGUGGGCAAACUGGAUCGCGAGCUGCAGUCGAGCUAUAGCUUCAUGGUGCUGGCAACCGAUUGUGGACGCUAUGAGGUUCGUUCCGGCAGCGUUGCCGUGCAGAUCAAUGUGCUGGACAUCAACGACAACAAGCCCAUCUUCGAGCGUUAUCCCUACAGUGGGCAGGUGGCGGCGCUCAUUCAGCCGGGCCAGACGCUGCUCAAGGUGCAAGCGCACGACGCGGACCAAGGCGCCAAUGGCGAGCUGCUCUAUGCCCUGAAGGCGGAUAGCACAUUGACAACGCCAGCCAUGCGCAGCAAGUUUCGCAUUAAUCCCAACACGGGCGCCCUGAGUGCAACCCAAAGCCUGGCCAGCGAAACGGGCCGCCUGCUGCAGCUUGAGGUUAUUGCGCGCGACAAGGGAAAUCCACCGCAAAGCAGCGUUGGUCUUAUCGAGCUGCUGGUGGGUGAGCCCAACCCGGUAGCGCCAGCUCUGCACUUCCAGAACGAAACGUAUCGCACCAAGCUGCGCGAGAACUCACCCGCAGGCACACGGCUGCUUCAUGUGGCCGCCGUGCGCAGCGAUGGCCGCCGCCAAAAGCUGAACUUCUCAUUCGGCGCGGGCAAUGAUGAGGGCAUAUUUACGCUAGAUGCCGGCACAGGUGAGAUACGUGUAGCCAAUCCUCAGCUGCUGGACUACGAUCGCUAUGCCACGCCCACUCUGGCACCGCUUAGUCGCGGACGCGCCAUGCACUACGAGCAGACGGAGCAGACAGAACAGACGGAGCAACACCAGCCCGACAAUACGAACAGUUCGCGCAGUCAACGCGCCUUGGCCCAAUCCUCGUUCGCCCUGGCUGCCACGCAGCCACACGAGCUCCGUUUGGUGUUGGUGGCACGCACCACGGAGGCACCUUUCCUGUCUAGCUACGCGGAGCUGGUGGUUGAGCUGGAGGAUGAGAACGACAAUAGCCCGCAGUUCUCGCAGCGCCAGUUCGUGGCCACCGCCUGGGAGGGCAACAGCAAGGGCACCUUCGUGGCCCAGGUGCAGGCCUUCGAUGCCGACGAGGGCGCAAAUGCCCGGCUCCGAUAUCAUAUUGUGGACGGCAACCAUGACAACGCGUUUGUCAUCGAGCCCGCCUUCAGCGGCAUUGUCAGAACGAACAUUGUGCUGGACCGCGAAAUCCGUGAUGUCUACAGUCUGAAGAUCAUUGCCACGGACGAGGGUGUGCCCCAGAUGACGGGCACCUCAACGAUACGCGUCCACAUCGUGGACGUCAACGACAACCAGCCCACGUUUCCGCCCAACAAUGUGGUCAGCGUCAGCGAAGCCACCGAAUUGGGCGCCGUAAUAGCCUCGCUGUCGGCCAACGAUGUGGACACCUACCCGACGCUGACCUAUCGCUUGGGCAGCGAUUCCGCCGUGGAAAUGGAGAACCUGUCGCUCUUCGGCCUGGAUCGCUACAGUGGUAAGCUGGUGUUAAAGCGCCGCCUGGACUACGAGCAGCAGCAAGAGUACCAAUUGGAGAUCAUAGCAUCCGAUGCGGCGCAUGAGGCACGCACCACGCUAACGGUGCGCGUGACCGAUGAGAAUGACAAUGCGCCCCGUUUUCUAGCCGAGCGGCCGCCCGCCUACUUUGCCCUGCUGCCCGCCGCAACGGAGCUGCUGGAGAGCAGCUCCUCCAUGGACGUGGAGCUGCUGUCGGUGAACGCCACAGAUGCGGACGCAGAGGGUCGCAACUCGCAACUCAGCUACCACAUCGAGCCACCUUUGGCUGGGUUCAGCAUACACGCCACAACGGGCGUGGUCUCGGUCAACAUAAGCCAGCUGUCAGCGGCAGUGUCCAGCAGCGGCGACUACUUCCUCAGCAUUGUGGCACGGGAUGCGGGCAAGCCCCAGCUAAGCGGCAACACGCUGCUGCGCGUGCAGCCCGGCGACAGCGGCUCGGGCCGACAGCAGUUCCAGCAGACCCAGUACCGUGCACAGAUUAGCGAGGCAGCACCGUUGGGCGCGGUGGUGCUGCAGCUGGGACACGAUGUCAGGGAUCAGGCGUUUAGCAUAGCCGCGGGCAACGAGGAACAGGCCUUCGAGCUGCUGCCCAACAAGGCGCUCGUGCUGGUCAAGCCGCUGGAUCGCGAGCGCAACGAUCUUUACAAGCUGCAGCUGCAGCUGAGCCAAGCAGGCAACACGGCCAGCUCCAGCUCUAGCUCGAAUUCCAGCGCAGGCAUCACGGUGUUUGUCAGCGUGCUGGACGCCAAUGAUAAUGCUCCCAUCUUUGAUCCCAGCGCCAAGUAUGAGGCAGAGAUAAGCGAACUGGCGCCGCUGCGCUACUCGAUUGCCCAGCUGGUCGCGAUAGAUGCGGAUCAGGAGAAUACGCCCAACUCGGAGGUGGUCUACGACAUCAGUUCCGGCAAUGAUGAGCACAUGUUCACCAUCGAUCUGGUCAGCGGCGUGCUGUUCGUGAACAAUCGCCUGGACUACGAUAGCGGCGCCAUUAGCUACGAGCUGAUCAUACGCGCCUGUGAUAGCCAUCAACCGCGUCCGCUGUGCAGCCUGCAGAGAUUCCAACUGUCGCUGCACGACGAGAACGACAAUGCGCCGCAAUUUCCGCUUGGCGAGUACGUUCACUUUCUGGCCGAGAACGAACCGCUGGGAAGCUCCGUGUUUCGCGGCCAGGCCAGCGAUCUGGAUCGCGGCGCCUUUGGCCAGCUGAACUAUAGUCUGGUGCCGGCCGACGACGUCGACGACGACAGCUCGUGGCGUCUGUUUCGCGUGGAUGCCGUCACGGGCAUUGUCAGCUCCGCGGCGGUGUUCGACUACGAGCAGCGGCAACGCUAUCAUCUACAGUUGCGAGCCAGCGAUAUGGGCGGCAGAAGUGCGCGGGUGGCGGUGCGCAUCGAGAUCGAGUCACGGGACGAGUUCACGCCGCAGUUCACGGAGCGCACCUAUCGCUUUGUGCUGCCGGCAUCCGCUGCGCUGCCGCUGGGCUUUGUCGUUGGCCAGGUGACGGCCACAGAUGCCGAUAGCGGUGCGGACGGUCGUGUGGUUUACCAAUUAAGCGCACCGCACAGCCACUUCAAGGUGAAUCGCAGCAGCGGCGCGGUCCUGAUCAAAAGGAAGCUCGACGACAGCCUCAUCGACGAUGGCCGCGAUAUCAGUCUGGUGAUCUCGGCCUCCUCGGGCCGGCACAACUCGCUGACCAACAUGACUGUCGUCGAGAUCGCCCUCGAUCCGCUGGCACAUCCCAACACGAAUCUGGCAUCGAUUGGCAGCGCCGGGGGAGCUGCUGGCGCGGGCGCAGCUGGUGCGGGCGGCUCAAGCGGUGGGCCAAGCGAUUGGAUUGUGGCUCUGCUGGUCACGCUGCUGCUCAUCCUGUGCGCCGCCGCCGGCAUCUUUCUGUUCAUCCACAUGCGCAGUCGACGGCCACGCAACGCGGUCAAGCCGCAUCUCAGCAGCGAGACGGUCGGCGUGGGCAACUCCAACAGCUAUGUGGAUCCGAGUGCGUUUGACACAAUGCCCAUACGUGGUGGCGGCAGCGGAAUGACGGCUGCGGGCGGUGGUGCCGGUGGUGGUGCCGUGGCCUCGGGUCAGUUCGCGCCACCCAAAUACGAUGAGAUACCGCCGUUUGGACCGCAUGCGGGCAGUUCGGGCGCAGCGACCACAUCAGAGCUAUCCGGCUCGGAGCAGUCGGGCUCGAGUGGACGCGGCUCGGCGGAGGAUGAUGGCGAGGAUGAGGAGAUACGCAUGAUUAACGAGGGGCCGUUGAGUCAUCGUGCCGGCGCCGGCGCCGGCAGCGACGACGGACGCAUAUCGGACAUUUCGGUGCAGAACACACAGGAGUAUCUGGCACGCCUGGGCAUUGUUGAUCACGAUCCCAGCGGUGGCGGCGGCACUGGCGGCGCCUCCAGCAUGGCCGGUUCCAGUCACCCCAUGCCCAUGACCAUGCCCAUGCCUACGCUGCACAUGUUCGAUGCGGACGAGACGGCGCGCUCGGACAUCACGAAUCUGAUCUACGCCAAGCUGAACGAUGUGGCCGGCGGCGCCGGCUCCGAACGUGGCAGCAGCGCAGACGACGCAGCCACAACGGCGGGCAGCAUCGGCACCGUCGGACAUGGUCAUGGACACGGAGUAAUGGCCAGCUACGGCGAGGUGCCCGUUCCGGUGCCCGUUGUGGUUGGCGGCAGCAAUGUCGGCGGAUCGCUCAGCUCGAUUGUGCACAGCGAGGAGGAGCUGACGGGCAGCUACAACUGGGACUAUCUGCUCGACUGGGGGCCGCAGUACCAGCCGCUGGCGCACGUCUUCUCCGAGAUAGCAAGACUGAAGGACGACACCAUGUCGGAGCAUAGCGGUCACAGCGGCAGCGGCGCCUCGUCCAGCGCCAAGAGCAAGCAAUCGCUGGCCCACUCCUCGCACUCCUCGGCCGGCGCCGGCAGCGUGGUGCUGAAGGCACCACCUGCGCACAUCCCACCGCCGCUGCUGACGAACGUGGCACCGCGGGCGAUCAAUCUGCCCGCGCUGGGCAAUGCGGUGGGUGGGCUGCGUCUGCCGCCGCAUCUCAGCAUGUCCGGGCUGCCGCGUUCGCCCAUUGGGCACGAGGCCAGCGGCGGCUUCAGCACCUCCUCGGCCAUGUCACCGUCGUUUUCACCUUCGCUCUCGCCGCUGGCCACGCGCUCGCCGUCGAUUUCGCCGCUGGGCGGGCCGGCCACCCACAUGUCGCAUGUCUCGCUGCCGCGCCACGCCCCACAGCCAAGCCAGCGCGCCAAUGUGGGCACACGUAUGUGAACCAGGAACCAGGAACUGCAGCCGCAAUCCUCCCCCCAAAAUCUGUGUGAUCACCAUUUAGAGUUUAGCAUAGCGUACUUAGUUCUAGUUAGUGCCAGAGACUUGAAUUUGAAUGGAGCGCAGCUGCACAUGCAUAGUAUUACUUGCACCACACCACCCUCACACACACACACACAUAUACAUCAACACACAUACAUGCACACGCACAUACGCACACUUACAUACAUAUAAAUAUGCACACACAACAGGGUCUCAGCAACUUAUUAAUUUACAGCUUAAAGGCAUAAGUUGCUUAAAUCGCGUUGCCAACUAUAGCUAACAAUUGUGUACACGUUGCCAAAUAUAACAAUUGUGUAGAAGUUGCCAACUUCAGCAUAAAAAUACCAUACUAAAAUUUGAUUUUUAAUUAAACAUAUAAAAGUCUGUGCAUGGCAAUCACAUUUAAGUGUUGGCAACGCACGAUCAGUAUCAUAGUUGGCAACACGAUUCAAGCAAUUGACAAUUGCCAAGUUCGUCGAUUUUUGUUUAAAUUGUGCCCAUGAAUUUUGUUCUUAUAUUUAAAUCAAUUCGGCUGUUAACUCUUUAAGUCGUCUGCGACAAAAGUAAACAUAUUAAAUUAAGUUCUACAAAUGUCAGGCAUGCCUUUGAUGCCGCAUUCUAUCACAGCGUGUUGCUGGGAACUCAUUAGCCAGAUCAACAUACCAACAUAUUUAAACACACGGACACACACCAACAUGCACACACACUCACACGCACACACACACAUUAGUUGUUGUAUGUAAUGUAUAUAUAGCAUAUGUACGAUUGUAGUAGUAAACGACCACAAAGCCAACAAAGACUCUCUGAUAAAUACGCUUGGUUGGCCGCCUCGAAGCGCCAACGGGCCCCAACAGACAAAAAGCCAAGCCAGCCAUAAGUUGUAAGCAUUUCUUAAAAGCUAAAAGAUACAGAAAUAAAAAAAAAAAAAAAAAACAAGAACGAAAAACGAAAUAAAAAUAAACGUAGACCUUAACGUAGUACGUAAUAAGUAGUACGUAAAACGUAGAGUUAAGCAUAGGAACUAAACUAGUUUUUCGCAGCGACGCAUCGCAUUGCAUCGCAACGAAAGGAAACGCGACUAAACGAACCAAGUGCACUUAAACCAUUAAACAUUACCAUUUAGAAUCGAACAAGAAGAAGAAUAAGCAAGGCUCGCUCGCAUGUCUGCCUCCAUUCCCCAUUCCCCAUUCCCCUUACCCAUGCCCCAUACCCCAUACCCAUAAUAUCGCGCAUUAUCAAAAUAAAGAGAAUAAUCAACUGAGAUACCGAGAAUUGCGGAGAAAGAGUGUAGAGUGUUGUGUCAGGGGAGGAAUUUGUAAAAAGUUGUUUUUAGUAAUCAUUGGAGAGCCCUUGUAAAUGUUUUUCCACACGAAGAGCUUACAUAUAUACCAUAUAUAUAUAUACGGUAUACGAUUAACGAUAUUUGUUUUACGAUAUUCGAUUUUAAGUUUAGGCUCCUAAGCUGUAGUUAGUUUCUUAGUUAUUUUUCACUUUAUGUGUGAUGCUACUUAUGUAAUUGCCUUACGAUCUAGCAAAGCUGUAAAAAUUAAAAAUCUAAAUAAAAAUAUAUAUACUUUGUAUUGCCCAUUAGAUCGUUAGCAUUAUGUUUAAGCCUUAGCUGUUAAUAGCGAAAGAAAAUCAAAAAAUAAAUACAAAAUAUACUAAAAAAAAAUAAAAAUUACAAAAAUACAAGCCAAGUUCUUGCUUCUUACAAA